UUCCUCUUAAGCGCGGCGUCUGGCCGGGGCGUCCGCACGAGCGGCGUCCGCACGAGCGUUCAACAUGCGGAUUGAGAAGUGUUAUUUCUGUUCGGGUCCGAUUUACCCAGGCCACGGCAUGAUGUUCGUUCGCAACGAUUGCAAGGUGUUCAGAUUCUGUAAAUCCAAGUGUCAUAAAAACUUUAAAAAGAAGCGCAAUCCUCGCAAGGUCAGGUGGACCAAAGCAUUCCGGAAAGCAGCUGGUAAAGAGCUCACAGUGGAUAAUUCAUUUGAAUUUGAAAAACGUAGAAAUGAACCUGUCAGAUACCAGCGAGAGCUGUGGAAUAAAACCAUUGAUGCAAUGAAGAGAGUUGAAGAGAUCAAACAGAAACGCCAGGCUACAUUUAUAAUGAACAGGUUGAAGAAAAACAAAGAACUACAGAAAGUUCAGGACAUUAAAGAAGUGAAGCAAAACAUCCAUCUUAUCCGGGCCCCUCUUGCAGGCAAAGAAAAGCAGCUGGAAGACAGAAUGGUGCAGAAAUUACAACAGGAUGUGGACAUGGAAGAUGUUUCUUAGAACUCUUACUGUCUGUAACCAUUUCUAUAAGUGCAUCUGGAAAUCUCCUUUGGACACAGAACUUCUAAAUUAUUGGGUUUUUUUUCAUAUAAGGUCACUCAUAUGAAAGGGGAUUAAAGUACUUCCUUCCUACAUUGGUCUCUGCAGAAUAGCAGAUGUGGAUGCUUGAUUGCAUCUCAACGGUAAGCCUUCACUGAGAGAUACACUUUUAUAAGUCAUGAAAAUUGUUUGUAAAUACAGAAGUGAAUUGGGGACAUAAAAUGGUCAUGCCAUUUGGUUAACGGCACUAGGCAGCAUUUAUGUAACAAUUAAUGACAAAUUCAUGACGAGUUAUAUAUAAAAUAAAAUUUUCAUUGCAGUAAAAUAUUCCUUUUCUAGAAGGGAUACAGCAAGGAACUAACAAUCUG